CCCCGCCCACCCAGUCGUCUCCCCCAACUCGACGCGCUGCAUUGAUUCCCCCACUCCGGCCCGCCGAUCUCCAGCUGUCCUCCAAUCACCACCACCAUUUCCUCCUCCCUACUGCUCAACAAAUCGCCACCCAAAUCCAACGCCUCCGCCUCCGCCUCCGUCUCCGUCUCCAUCGCCAUGGCUUGCUCCCCGAACCCUACCCGCGUCGCUGUCCUCCUCGUCUGCGUCCUCUUCUCCGCCGCCACCGCCGCGCGGUUCGCCCCGGCGGACAACCACCUCCUCGCGUGCGGCGCCUCCAACCCGGUCGUCCUCCCCGACGGCCGCCGCUUCGUUACGGAUUCGGGCUGCGCCUGCACGCGCCUCCGCUCCACCGCCCCGACACUCUCCUCCGCCGCACCCAACUCUCCACCGCCCGCUUCCCCGCUCCACGCCGCCGCGCGCGUCUUCUCCUGCCGCGCGUCCUACGACCUCGCCGUUCGCCGCCGCGGGCACCACAUCCUCCGCAUCCACUUCUACCCCUUCGACCCCGCCCUCUCCGCCUCCCGCUUCCACGUCGGUGCCGGGGGGUUACUACUCCUCCACAACUUCACCGCCUCGUCCCCCGUCGUAAAGGAGUUCAUCCUCCCCGUGGACUCCGACGUCCUCGUCCUCACCUUCGUCCCGGAGGCUGGCUCUACCGCCUUCGUCAACGCCAUCGAGCUCGUCUCGGCGCCCGAGGAGCUCGUUGGCGACAUCGGCACCCUCGUGACGUCCGGCGGCGCCGCUCAGAUCGACGGGCUGUCGUCUCAGGCCUUUGAGACUCUCUACAGGAUCAACGUCGCCGGGCGCAAGGUUACGCCGUUCAAUGACACGCUCUGGCGGACAUGGGUUAACGAUGGGGCCUUCCUCGUUAACACGGAAUCGUCUGACUACAUGGUUUGGUCGUUCAGUGGCCGGAUUGCUUAUCCCAAGGAUAGCAGGAUGAUGAGCCGGGAGGUGGCUCCCGAUAAUGUCUACAGGUCAGCAAGGUCGGUGAGGUCAGGGGCCAAUGUGACUUGGGGUUUCCCCGUGCCCGCUGGCAGCCGGUACCUCGUGCGUAUGCACUUCUGUGAUACUGUCAGCAAGGCAUUGUAUGAGCUCUACUUCAAUAUCUAUGUCAAUGGUCAUCUUGCAGUCAAGGAUUUCGAUCUUUCCGGUGCCACCGGGUUCUUGGCCUAUCCUUAUUACAUCGACUUUGUAGUGGAUGUGGAGGAUGAGGGCAUGCUGAAAUUGGCCAUUGGUGGCUCGAAGAAGAGCCGAUCAGAUGAAGUAAGCGGUAUCCUAAAUGCAUUGGAGAUAAUGAGGAUGAACAAGACAAGUGGCGGUAUGGAUGGGAACUUCCCAGUUGCUCUAGACAUGGAGUAUGGUAUGAGUAAGGGGAUUGGGGAAUUUGCUCGCUCCCUGCUUUGUGGUUUCAUCUUUGCGGGGUUGUUUGUAGCUUUGGUCAUGCUGGUGCUGAGGUUGAGGGCCGAGAGGAACAAUGGUACAGCUUGGUCUUGGCAGUCAAUGGAUUCUGGUGAAGGGAAAUUGGCUAGAGCGUAUCAGCUUGUGCCCAGUAAGAUAGACUAUUGAGUGGCAUGAGAUGAGCAUCUUCGAGGAGUGGCAAACUGCGCAUUUUGUAUGUAUCUAAUGAUGUAAUACCUCUAUUCAGUUAUAAGUACUGUAGUUUUAUCACGUUCAAAAAAGUAUUAUAGCUUUACAUUUUCACACCUUUCAUGCUUGAACUUUGGGCUGUUUGUGCUUUUGUGCUUCACUAAUGGAGGACAUGCUCCAUUUAUGUUGUAAAGGUAUUUUACCCUAGAUGUGUCUGUA